UUUUUAGUCAACAUUGUGUAGCACACGGAUUCAUAUUGGAGUAGUGUUCAUUACAACCUCUACUUUCUUGUCAAAAGUCAUGUUAACAUGAGGGCUAAAACAAAAAAAUACUUUGACGCAAAUGUUAAUCUACAUAUGUUUUUGCCCCCCACUGCAUUCACCCAACAGACAGAGGCCUAGUUAGAGAGUGUGUUUUACCAGGAAGCUACUGUGGUCUUCUGAGUAAGAUUGCUUACUUCAUCUCACCUCAUUUGUGCUACUUCUCAGAACUCUGUUCCAUUGGCUGCAGUUGCAAAUGGUAUUAGGGUUAAGUAAAAUAAGUAAAAUAAGCAUUUAUGCACCGAAAGUAACUAUAUGUGUCAGGCACAUAAACCAGGUUAUUUUAGUGCAUGAAUAUGUCUAAUAGUUGUUUAUAAUCACAGAGAGAGAAAAAACAAGACCUGCUGUAUACAUGCACAUAAUCCAAGUACUUGAGAUUGUUAUAACAUGUAAAUAACAUGUAAUAACAUUGUUAAACAUGUUAUAAUAUAUCAAAUGAAUCAAGAACCAGUUCAAAUGUAACACUAUAUUAAAUAUUUUCAGAUAUGUAUAAAAAGAAAGGGGACGAAUAGAAAAAGGCACAGCUGCUCAAACAGGAAGUGACCUAAUCAAUUGCCUCUGUGCGCAAACUUAGUUGUAGAGGUUUGCCCUUUAACUUGUAGCUACUGGAUAUAUGUGCUGGGUACUUUCACUUACAUUUCAGGUACCGCUCACUGCCAUACAUUAAAAUACAGAAAAUGCUCUUGGUCAAAACUGAAGUCUGUUUUUUUUGGAUGGUAUUAUGUUAUACCUCUUUUGCUUCAAUGGGUAACAAACAUUGCCAUGAAUCCUGUAACACAUCCACCCUCCAGGCUCCACUAGGCUCUGUGGUGCUCCUGUCAUGCAGCUUUGGGUCCACCUCUCUGGGCAUUAGCCCUGGCCAUGGCUGGGUGGUGUGGAACCAGGGCUCUGGUUCUGGUGCCAGCCUGGUCAACAUCACGUCCUCUGGGAAGGUGGACUUUCUGGACCCCAGGCAGGGCAGAGUGAAGGCUUUCCCCAAUCAGGGAGGUCUGGGGAACUUCUCCAUCCUAAUUGAUGCCCUUCAGGCCUCAGACCUGGGCUCCUACUGUUGUGAGCUGCAGAGUCAUGACCAGUGCCAUCGAGUGGAAGUUGAGGAACUUGAAGAAGGUUCACACAUCGUGUUGUUUUUCAGCGUCGGCAGUUUGGCCAUCCUCCUAGUGCUCCUAAGUGGCUGUUUCUGCUGGGUAAAAUGGACACGAGUUUCUACUGAAAGAACACCAGACUAUAUCAACACCCAUAUCUGUGCAGGAUCCAGUGCACCUCCUGAGGAUGUUGCAUGUAGUGACAAUGUCGGGAGAGACGUGGUACAGGAGAGAGGAGUCGGCAAUGAGCGACCGAUCUAUGAAAACAAUGAACAUGAUCCAACCAGAAUGCAGCAUGAUCCGACCAGAAUUCACCAUGAUCCGACCACAAUUCAGCAUGAUCCGACCACAAUUCAGUACGAUCCAACCAGAAUUCAGCAUGAUCCCACCGCAAUUCAGCAUGAUCCCACCACAAUUCAGCACGAUCUGUCCAGAUUUCAGCAUGAUCCCACCACAAUUCAGCACGAUCUGUCCAGAUUUCAGCAUGAUCCCACCACAAUUCAGCAUGAUCCAACCAGAAUUCAGCAUGAUCCAACCAGAAUUCAACAUGAAGCACAAAGAAACCAGCACGAACCAGUUAGAUACAAAAAUAAAUUGAGAGAUUCGAGUGAGAACAGAAGACAGGGGUUUCAUGGAGAACUCAUGAGCAGAUUGCGCCAAUCAAGUCUCGGACAGCGUUACUAUGCAAACCAAGCCGAGAUCAACCAGCAAACCAGAGUUCAGAUGGACAACCACCAAAGAGCAAACGAAGCAAAGACCAACCAGGAUGGCAGAUCCCAAAUGGACAACUGCCAAAGAGGAAGCUUUUGGAGAAAGAAACCCAAAGAGCGUAAGUUGCUUUUUUUUUUUACACACACAACAUACUGUAUAAUCAUAAUCAUUUAUAUUAAGACCUCUCUCUCCCAGAAUGUGAAUAUGAAAACCCAAUCUAUAACAGUGUAGUCCAACUCCACAAACUAUAGACGGGGAUGAAGAGGAUACUGGGUCUCAACUCCUUGGUCUCAAUUUUGUUUAGGUUGUAUUUCAUUUGUUUUGUAAAUAAAGUACAUUACAUUGUCUUGAAAGUUAAACAAAUAUGAAAUAAAGUUAAAUCAUUUUUAAAUUGGUUUAUGAUUCUUUCGUGCAUUGUAUUAUCCAAUGUGAAUCAGAAAAGUCUCUAAUCAAGACAAUUAACGCUAAUAACCC